AUGGGCAAGAAGCCCAAUAAGUGUGAUCUCUGUACUGCAGAGUUCACCCAGGGGUCUCACCUGUCGUUCCACAAGCGAAGACACACAGGUGAGAAGCCCUAUAAGUGCGAUCUCUGUCCUGCAGAGUUCAUCGAGAGCACGAAAUUGCGGUCUCACAAGCAGACACAGAAGUUCAGCCACAGCACAAACACACACCAGCCGGAGGACCAGCAGAUCACGGACCUGUGCCCUAGGUUCUUACGAGAGCAUGGUUACGCUCACAUCGGAAGUCAAGGCGAACCUGGAGUGGGGAGCAAAAGUUCUUCUGACACUCCAGGCCCGGUCGGAUGGGGUUUGUACGAGAGUACAGUAGUACAAGAUAUUCAGAUGGACAGGCCGCUCCAAGGUUUGGGAGGCCCUAGUCUCGGGUCUAUGGUCAUGAGGUCGUCCGACAGGUCUAGUACGGCGUCGUCCAUGGCUGAAGAGGGGGCAGGCGGCGGAGGAGGGGGAGGCCUGGUCUCCACCAGAAGUUCGGGUCUGAGCCGCCUGAGGGUGGAGAGGGCUGUUGUCACGUCGUUGGCUGUCCGGGCGGCCUCCGUUCGGGCCUGGUGA